UCUCGGACUCCUUUCACUGCACAGGCGCCGCACUGUCUUGUCUUUUUCUCCUCAACUCCUUCCACUUUCUUUAAAAACAAAAGAAUCAUGGUCCAGGCAAAAACUUGGAUCCUGACCAAACACUUCGAUGGUUUUCCAAAAGCAAGUGACUUUGAACUGAAAGUAGAAGAGCUUUCUGAACCCAGAGAUGGAGAAGUGCUUUUGGAAGCAGUAUUCCUCAGUGUGGACCCAUAUAUGAGGCCGUUCAGCCGGUUUCGUAUGAAGGAAGGGGAUGUAAUGAUUGGAACACAAGUGGCCAAAGUGAUUCAAAGUAAGAACCCAGCCUUUCCCUUGGGGAGCCAUGUUGUGGCACACAGUGGCUGGAGGAGCCACUCGCUCAGUGACGGCUCAAACCUCACCCACAUCAUGCCAGAGUGGCCUCAAAACGUGUCGUUAUCUCUGGCUUUGGGCACUAUCGGUAUGCCAGGGCUAACAGCUCUGUAUGGCAUUGAGGAGGUGUUGGGGCUCAAGGCUGGUGAGACUCUGUUUGUGAAUGCAGCUGCAGGCGCAGUGGGCUCUGUGGUCGGACAGAUAGCAAAGAUCAUGGGUUGUAAAGUGGUGGGCUCCGCUGGGUCUGAUGCCAAAGUGGCUUUCCUCAAAGAAUUGGGAUUUGACCAGGCUUUCAACUACAAAACGGUUGGUUCACUGGAGGAGGCUCUGAGAUCGGCUUCUCCAGAAGGAUAUGACUGCUUCUUUGAAAAUGUUGGAGGCCUAUCCUCAAAUGUUGUAAUGCAGCAGAUGAAGAACUUUGGAAGGAUUGCUGUUUGUGGAAGUAUCUCCACUUACAAUGAUGCAGCCCCACAAACAGGACCUUUCCCUCAUCUGACUAUGAUCAUAAAGCAACUGAAAAUGGAGGGCUUCAUGCAGGCCAGGUGGGCCCACAAACACCCAGAAUCUCUGAAGAGGCUGUUGAAAUGGGUGAAAGAGGGCAAACUCCAGUGUCGGGAACACAUCACAAGAGGAAAAAACAUGGUUCAAUCUAAAUCUUGGAUCAUGACCAACCACUUCGAUGGUUUUCCAAAGGACAGUAACUUUAAACUGAAAGUAGAAGAGCUUUCUGAACUCAAAGAUGGAGGUAAUAUCAUUGAGGCUGGAAAUUAUUGUAUAAAAAUCUUUAAUUUAUGGUUGCCAAAUGUCCUUCCAGAAGUGCUUUUGGAGGCAGUAUUCCUUAGUGUGGACCCAUAUAUGAGACCGUUCAGCCAGUUUUAUAUGAAGGAAGGGGAUGUAAUGAUUGGAACACAAGUGGCCAAAGUGAUUCAAAGUAAGAACCCAGCCUUUCCCUUGGGGAGCCAUGUUGUGGCACACAGUGGCUGGAGGAGCCACUCGCUCGGUGACGGCUCAAACCUCACCCCCAUCAUGCCAGAGUGGCCUCAAAACGUGUCGUUAUCUCUGGCUUUGGGCACUAUCGGUAUGCCAGGGCUAACAGCUCUGUAUGGCAUUGAGGAGGUGUUGGGGCUCAAGGCUGGUGAGACUCUGUUUGUGAAUGCAGCUGCAGGCGCAGUGGGCUCUGUGGUCGGACAGAUAGCAAAGAUCAUGGGUUGUAAAGUGGUGGGCUCCGCUGGGUCUGAUGCCAAAGUGGCUUUCCUCAAAGAAUUGGGAUUUGACCAGGCUUUCAACUACAAAACGGUUGGUUCACUGGAGGAGGCUCUGAGAUCGGCUUCUCCAGAAGGAUAUGACUGCUUCUUUGAAAAUGUUGGUGGCCCAUCCUCAAGUGUUGUCAUACAGCAGAUGAAGGACUUUGGAAGGAUUGCUGUUUGUGGAAGUAUCUCCACUUAUAAUGACGCUGCCCCACAAACAGGAACUUGCUCAUACAUGACUAUUAACUUAAAGCAACUGAAAAUGGAGGGCUUCAUGCAGGCCAGGUGGGCCCACAAACACCCAGACUCUCUGAAGAGGCUGUUGGAAUGGGUGAAAGAGGGCAAACUCCAGUGUCGGGAACACAUCACAAGAGGGUUUGAAAACAUGCCUGCUGCUUUCAUGGGCUUGCUGAAGGGUGACAAUAUAGGGAAAGCCAUAGUUGCAGUUUGAGAGGAAGCAACAAAUCAACUUCAAGUAUCAGUUUACAGCAGUAUUGUAUUAACUAAAAUAUAUAAUGCAUAUCUUGUUCCUACAAUUUUAAAUUAACUGAAUAUGAUGAGUUAGAGGAAAACUUACGAGUCUCCACACAGCAAAUUGACAAACUAGUGUACCUACAACAGUUAUGCUGUCUUUGACCAUACCUGAUCAAACACAGUUGUGGACAAGACAAUUGUGAUCGUCAGUAUAUUAUGUUUAGAGCACCUUUUACCAAGAUUGUGAACAACAAUAAACAUUUGAAUUUUUAAAAAUGUGAA